UGGGUCAGUUUUGGUUUUUUUUUUUUUUUUUUUUUUGGUUCUCUCGGGACCUCCAGUCUCAAUCUCCGAUAUGAAGGCGCUGAGCCCCGUGCGCGGCUGCUACGAGGCGGUGUGCUGCCUGUCGGAACGCAGUCUGGCCAUCGCGCGGGGCCGUGGUAAGAGCCCAGCUGCCGAGGAGCCACUGAGCCUCCUGGACGACAUGAACCACUGCUACUCGCGCCUGCGGGAACUGGUGCCCGGGGUCCCGCGAGGCACCCAGCUUAGCCAGGUGGAAAUCCUGCAGCGCGUCAUCGACUACAUCCUCGACCUGCAGGUGGUCCUGGCUGAGCCGGCCCCUGGACCCCCAGACGGUCCGCAUCUCCCCAUCCAGACCUCUGAGCUUGCUCCGGAGCUUGUGAUCUCCAACGACAAGAGGAGCUUCUGCCACUGACCCAGCGUCCUGGCACCUCUAGAACGCAGGUGCUGGCGCCCGUUCCGCCUGGGACCCGGGGACUCUCUCCGGCCGGAAGCCCGAGGGCAUGGAUGAGCCCCAACCUCGCCCGGCCCACUUUACUUCCCCAAACCCCUGCCUCGAGGCUGGACCCGGCGCCCCGGAGUGAAGGACUGUGAACUUGGGUGGCCUGAAGAGCCAGAGCUAGCGCUGGCCACCAGUUGGGCAACGCCACCUUGCCCCCACCCCACCCCCAAGUUUUAAAGACUUAUCUUUUCAGAGCGUGGAGGGCUGGGGAGUAGGGGAUGGCUGCUCUCCGAACUCUGCCAAGGCGGUGUUAGAGCUGGUCUUCUGGUCUCCUUGGAGAAAGGCUCUGUUUCCCAGAUUAUGAACUCUAUAAUAGAGUAUAUAGCUUUUGUACCUUUUUUGCAGGAAGGUGACUUUCUGUAAUCAUGCGAUGUAUAUUGAACUUUUUAUAAAAGUUAACAUUUUACAUAAUAAAAACGAUUUUUAAACACUU